CAGCCGGAGCCCCCAAUGCCAGCUGGGUGCUGUGUAUCCAGCGGUGCCCUCCCCCUCCCUUCCUCUGCCCCUGGCCCUGGCCCCCCGGCUGGGUUUGCUGGCACGUUUCCAAAGCCCCUUCCUGGGCCCCGAGACUCAUUGGCUGCCUUCCCGUUUCUCUCCACGAACAGGAAGAAAUUGCUGAUGGGCGACGAGAAAUGGAGGACCCAGAGCAGCCAGGUGGGGCCGUGCGUGCAGGACUCCGGGCGCCCGCGCACCUGCACCGUGCCCAAGUGUGAGUUCUGGAGCUCCUACCGGCUCAACGUCACCGAGGUGAAUCCGCUGGGCUCCAGCUUCCGGCUGCUCGACGUCACCAUGCAGGCCAUCAUUAAGCCGGACCCUCCGGAAGGCCUGGUGGUGGAGCCGGUCCCGUUGGCCCCGCGGCGGCUGCGGGUUCGCUGGCAGUACCCGGCCUCCUGGCCCAAGGAACCCCACUUCCAGCUGAAGUUCCGGCUCCAGUACCGGCCCGUCGCGCAUGGCUCCUGGUCCAUGGUGGAGACCGUGAACCUCUCUGAAGUCAUCACCGACGCCUUCUCCGGUCUGGAACACGUGGUGCAGGUCGGUGCCAAGGACUUCCUGGACGCCGGCAACUGGAGCGAGUGGAGUGCCGAGGUGCGGGCCACACCCGGGCCAGGCCUGACCGUGACACCAGGCGAUGAAGCCAUCACUGACGCCAGCCUGGAGAGUCCGGCUGAGGAGCCCUCGCUGGCCCCCAACCCUGAGCCCGUGGAUCGCAGCGACCCCAUGGAGAAGGUGGCCAUCCUGAUCUCGCUCGGUAUCUUCGCGUUCGUCAUCCUGGCCGUGGUUCUGGGCAUCGCCAGCGCGGUCUGGUAGGUGCCCCACGCCCGCGGCCGGGACAGGCCCUUCGGGAGCACAGGGCG